AUGCCGUGGAUUGCGUGGCUGGACACGUGGGAGGCAAACGAAAUCAAAGCAUGCAAACAAGCAUUGAAGGCGGAAGCCUACGCUGAUGCCGAGUACUCCAAGCUUGAGAGACUUUCUCACAAUGUUCAGAGUGAGUAUGCCAUUCACAAUGCGAGGCUAUCCGAACAGCCGGAAGGCAACCCUGGUCCUAGCGGGCCACCGCCCGGUCUCCCACAGGUGCAUCGCCUCGACACACCGCCUGGCCAAGGCAAAGGCAAGCCAGGUGGUUCAAAUGACAAAGAUGCCGACAAAGCCGAGUCAUCGGAUAAGGUGGACACCUUCAAAGAAACAGAGGCCAACGCCGGACGCCCAGUUAGAGGAAGGCAGAUUCUCUUCAGGAUUCACAACUACUUUGCGACGAACGCUCAGCAUGGGGCGGUGUAUGACAUGGAAGAUUUGCUUUCAGUCACGUUACUCAAUGAGAAUCUUCUCACCUUCAUGCGAAAUUGGGAUACGGUGUUGUCGGGGAUUCCCAAAACCCCUGAAGCAUCAUUCCUCGAACCACUAUUUCACAGACAGGUCAAGAAGGUCAAGGCUCUCUCGCAUGACAUCAACAUCUACGAAAGAGCUCUUGAAGGUUCCAAAGAACGGUCCUACAGUUUCCUGUAUGAUGCUGCAAAUGCGCACCUCAACAGGAAGCGCCUUGAACGCAACCGGGAACGGAUGGCUCGACAGACGGGUGACCAAUGUAAGUACAAGCACCAGACUCCGGCCAAGGGACGCGGCCGCUCCGCCACGCCGGCUGGCUCACGAGCAAGCUCUGCAAGCCCCGGUGGUAAGCCUAAGAUCUGCAAGUUCUACAAGCAAGGUGUCCUCGAAGACGACGAGACCGUGAAGAUGAAGGAGCAGGCAAAGAAGGCCCAGGAGGAGAAAGAGGCCCAGGAGAAGGCAGCACAGGAAAGGAAAGCACAAGAGGAGAAAGAAGCACAAGAAAGGAAGGCCCAAGAGGAGAAGGAAGCACAAGAGAGGAAAGCACAAGAGGAGAAGGAAGCACAGGAAAGGAAAGCACAGGAGGAGAAGGAAGCACAGGAGAAGGAAGAUGAAAGGAAUUCCAAGGGAAGUCAAGGCUCCAAGAACUCGAAGGGCUCAGGCAGAAAGAAGCCUUCAGGCGGUAUCCCUGCUGCUGUAUGUCUCCUCAGUGCUCUUGUUGCUGGUUCGGCCACCCAAGCCGAUGCUUUCUCCCUCCGGAAGGAGUGGACGGACCAGAUCACCAAUUGCACGUAUCCCUAUAGUCUGGCGCUACCAGCGGUAAAUUUCAGCUCUGAAGUCGAUUACAUUAACAUUCCUGUUGGUGAUACCAACGCGAGGUUCACUCCAAUAUCGCCCACCAACCGUAAGCAUCGAGGAGAAAAGCCUUUGGAUUUUGUCCCAGAAACCAGAGCAGACUCCAUCCGAGAGGCCCAGAUGUCAGCGAAGAUGCUGAAAGCUUCCAUCUCUACCAAGGACGAUGUUCCGGCCUGCCGCUGGGAGUGUGAUUCGGAGAUUGGAUGUAAUCACUGUAUCCCAAAGGGUCUUAGAAUGUCGUGCCCUGCUAAGACUAAAGGGUCCUCCAAGAUGCUUAACCUUGAAUGGAUUGGCGACACCGGGAGUGCACAAGACCUAAUCGCUGAGAGGGAUCUCCAGCAUUUGAAGGCUUAUGAGUCUGAACAGCCAAUCAACAUCAUGACCGCGAACGGUCCCAGCUCCGCUGACAAGCAAUGUGAUGUCGACGUUCCGUCGAUUGCCAUUUCUGCCAAGCCUUAUGUGCUGCCCGACACUCCUUCAGUCCUCUCCAUAGGACAGCGUUGCAUGGAGCAAGGUUUCGAUUUCAUUUGGAGAGCCUGUACUCGCCCUUACUUGAAAACUCCUGAGGGUGAAAGAGUUUUCCUUGACGUUCGAGAUAACGUGCCUUUCCUCAAAUCGUGGAAGGAGGGCACUGCCUGCCCUGCGCGUGAAUCUAAGUCCGAUGAGAUUCAGUCGGUUGCCAGAGGUGAAAUGCCUGAUCGCAGCUCUGAAGAGAUUGCUUUGCAGCUUCUGGAGAAGCACGACUUCUCGGUCCAUAAGGAUGUGAACAAUCACAAAGACCAUCUCAACGUUACGAUUGCCGUGGGAGAGUUUUCCAAUGGUCAGUUUACCAACUUGAUAACCAGGUCCGAAGGUGCGGCACGGGUGCGAGCCAUUCUAGAUGGUUCUCGCCCUGCUCCGCCCUCUGACGAGGUGCGUGCUGAACCGGACAUUGGUCCUCCUGCCCCGGCAGCGGCCGAUGCCCCCGAUGGGGAAGAUUCGCGCCUUGCACUUGUGGUUAAGGAUGUUGCCACUUGUUUCAUGUAUGCAUACCCUGCUGCAUUGAAGUCGGAAGACGAAUGCCUCGUGGCGCUCCAGCACUUCGCAUCCGCGAAGGACAAUGUGGAGACUUUCUACAGCGAUAAGUCUAGGGAACUUGAGGCUGCGGCCAAAACGCUCGGCUGGCGCCAUGAGCUCUCUAAGGCUUAUAUCCAUCAGUCCAACGCUGUUGCUGAGCGUGCUGUGCGAGCCACCACUGAGGGCACUCGCACCAAUCUCAUUCAAGCUGGCAUUUCGCAUGUGUACUGGCCGUUUGCCCUUGAGCAUGCAUGCACUGCCUACAACAUCAGCAAUCCGGGGGGCAAAGAGUUUACCCCUUGGUUCAAGCGUUUUGGUGUUGCAUUUCCUGAAGAACCCCUUCCUUUCGGUUGUAGGAUCGACGUUUGGGUUGGUCCGAAAGCCCAGCGCAAGGGUAGAGACAGAUUCGAGCCUACCAGUGAGCCUGCGAUUUUUAUGGGAUACAAGUUCCAGCCUGGUAUGAAAUGGCGCAAGGAGGUCUUUGCAAUUCAUCUCAAGCAGCUGAACAAGCAUGAUUUCCACGAGUGCCUGAAGCCAGUUAUUGCAUCGCAGUACAAGCUCACUGAUGGUAAGAUUGUUUUUCCCAUGCGUGAGAGGUAUGAAAGGGUUCAAGCAGGUCUCGCAUCAGAUGCUACUGAAGGACCUGUCAGUCAAUCGCUCACCAAUCAGGACGCUGAAGCUGCCGAUGAGCAACCGCCUGCACCCGCAGACCGAGAGGUCGAGCCGCCCAAGAAGGUACUUGAUCCUAAGACGGGGAAAGAAAUUGAUCUCCCUGAAGGGGGUCGGUACUAUGAUUCGGGGGGUACUCUUGGUAGAAAGUAUGGAGGCACCAGAGGUUCUAAGAAGCCCGAAUCCAUUCCCUCAUACCUUUGGGUCAACAUGUCCAAGAAACAGAAGGAGAAGGCCAUUGUUGAUGAGGCACGCGAACAAGCAUUGCGUGAUAUGGAGACUCCUACCGAGGGUUCAGCCGGUAGCUCCUCUGCCGCCGCCGCAGCACCUGCUGCGAGCAAGGACCACUGGGAGGUCCGACUGAACGAAUGUAAGCUAAUACGCUAUCAUUAUGUUCCCAGAAGAGAAAUGUUCUCACCGGAUAUCACAGAUUGUCCGAUUGAACUAUCGCGCAUCUCUAAGCAACGGAGUACAACUAUCAUUCCCGUAGGUGGUGUUGAUGUCAUCCAUGAGGACGAUGAUUGGAAGAACGUUAGGAAGCGGAACAAAAAGACCAGUUUCAAGUGGAUCGGCAAGACUGAGUUCAUUCUGGACAGAAUCCACAGUCCCGCUCCUGAAGGAGAUGGUAAGGAUGCAUUCCCUGCCAUGCCUACUGUACCUCAUGAGCCCGAGCAUCGUGAAAAGAUUUCCAGCAACCUUCCUGUCUCAGAGGACGAGGUACGAGAGCUUUUUGCUCUUGUCGCAAGGCCUGUUGGUCGCAGAGAAAUCCUCGAGGACCCGAAGGCCCAGGCUGCCCUUGAUGUUGAAUGGAACAAAUUAAUGGUUAAGAAAGCCUGGGAUAUGGGAUCUGUUCGAGAAUGGAAAGACGUCAGUGAUGAAGCCAUCAAAAAGGGGAAAAAGGUUCAUGUUGGAAAAGUUUUUGAGAUCUGCGUAGAAAAGGGAAGUGAGCUUCCCAAAGGCGACCCACAACGAAAAUUCAAGGGUCGAACUGUGUUCCAAGGGAACAACGUCAAAGAUGAGAAUAGUGAUCAGGCUCUUUUCAGUGAGCUCGGAUCCAGUCCCGCCACGAUGGAGGCUGGGAAGGCACUUGACGCCUAUGGGCACGCUCCGGGCAACGACUGUCAGCAGGCCGACGGCAAACAAGCAUACACCCAAACCACGCUCAAGGGAAAGGAAACGUGGGUCAGGCUGCCGCCUGAUCGAUGGCCUCCAGCGUGGAAGGGAAAGUACAAAGAUCCUGUCGUGCGGCUGACGCUGGCACUCUACGGUCAUCCUGAUAGCGGGGGUUUUUGGGAGUUACACUGUGAAAGAUGUUAG